UCUGUAAACACACCCGGACUGUCAUGGAGGGGGAGGAGGGGGCGGUGGCGCGGAAGGGAGGCGUUUUGGGCCGCCUCCAGGGUCCGUUCUGCCAUUCCUGAACUGGUCCCUCGUCCCCGUGACUGUGGCAUCAGGGAAGCGAACUGUUAGGCGAGAGGAGGAGGCAGUCAGAACCAUAUCCCCUUCUUCCCCCGGGGCGGGGGCCGGGCCGGGCCAGGCCGGCGGAGCCGGGGAGGGCUGGGGGAGGGAGCGCCUGGCCAGGCUGGCCUGUCUGCCGCGAUGGAUGACAGUAAGGUGGUUGGAGGCAAAGUGAAGAAGCCCGGCAAGCGUGGCCGAAAGCCAGCCAAAAUCGACUUGAAGGCAAAACUUGAGAGGAGCCGACAGAGUGCAAGAGAGUGCCGGGCCAGAAAGAAACUGAGGUAUCAGUACUUGGAAGAAUUGGUAUCCAGUCGGGAAAGAGCCAUAUGUGCCCUCAGAGAGGAACUGGAAAUGUACAAGCAGUGGUGUAUGGCAAUGGACCAAGGAAAAAUCCCUUCUGAAAUAAAGGCACUACUCACUGGAGAAGAGCAGAGCAAAUCUCAGCAGAACUUAAACAGGCACACGAAAGCUGGGAAAACAGACGCUAACAGCAAUUCCUGGUGAAGAUCAUAUAAAAUGAUAAGUCAGUGACUGAAAUCAGUAUCCUGAUUCCUAUGAAGGAUGAAUGGACAAUAUUAUACUUCUUGGCUCCAUUUACUACCUACUGCUCCAUAGUCAUCUCUGUAAAUCUGCAAUUUCUACCAAAUGUGUGAUCAUAGAUCUCAAAGGGUUUUGCUUUAACUUUUAACACUUAGAAAAUUUACAGACAUUCAAGACCUGUCCUGGUUGGUAUUGCCACCCAUGGCAUUUAACAUGUUGCAAUGCUUGAAACCACAGGGGUAGAGAAAAAUGGGUAAAGAUUGUAUUUUUGCACCUUAACUCCACCUUGCUUUAUUGGUUAAUUUAUAUUCCUUCCAUGUAAUUGUAUGUGUAUGUUUGUUUAGGUGUCACGUCCUGUCAUGUUUUUGAUUGCCCUACAAAGAGAAACCAAAUGGGCUGAUUACUGACUAAGUUCUUGGCCUUUAUGGACCUAAUCUUAUUUCUUUAUAUUUACUUGAGUAACGUCUGUUUUCUGCAUGAACCACGAUUUCUCCUGUGAGCCAUUCCAGCAUAAGCUGUGAAUAUAUAUUAACAAAUAGAUACAUUUCUAUUUUUAUAACCCAUAGUGAUAUGCCUGUUUUAAAUAAUGUACUUGUUAAAAGCAUCUAUCAGGAAAGCCCUCAAGACAGCCUCUAUUUGGAACUUCUGUUGCUGUCCUCUCAAACUGUACUUAUAAAAAUUUGUUAGGGCCCAGUCCAUAUUUGGAGAAUUAUCAGUCAAAUUUUAUUUUUAAGCAAGAAAUAACCUUUUAGGCAUUUCAGCAGUGUACAUCAUCUUGACAACCUAAAGUGUAUAUGUCUGUGUGUAUUUCUAUCGUAUGUCUAUAUGUGUAUGUGGGGAGGACAGGAUUGAGUGUUCACACACAUUUCCUUGGGCAGUCAACUAGGAAAAUUUUUCUAAAGAAAAUAGAGUAACUUUAGCUGCUGAGAUUGAGUUUCUGCCUCAGGAGACCUGGAUUAAAAUGAACAAAUUGCUGGUAGACCUAAUGGCUGUAGCCAUAACCAGAACACUUAGUUUCUUCCCUGACAUGAGUUUCCUUAUGAAUGUGUUCUGAGCCAGAAAGAAACACACUGUAGGUGUGCGUCUGGUUCAUCCCCAGCGAUGCCUCCACUCUGGAGUGAAACACUGGAGCUAGAGUUGUGCACAGCACCACAGCUGGGAGGUGCAGAGGGCAGAGUAGUCCUUUCCAGUUCUCACUGCAGCUACGUCUGCUGUCUUCCUGACCUCCCGAUGGCAUGAUGGUCGAGGAAUCCAACUCAUAGUAUGAUACACUAAAAUAGACCCAGGAACCUUUUGGUUUCCCCUUUGAGAUCCUCUCUUUUUUCUUUCCCAUAGUUAAAUCAGGAGAUAUGUUCCCUGUUGCUGCUAAAUUAUAAUGGUCCUUGGCUCUAACGAAGCAAAUAUUUGACUUCCAAACAAACUACAUUCUGUUAUGAAAUGGUAGUUUUUGAGGAGGCGUCAUAUAAUACAUUGUCUGUAAGGUGGAACAUGAGAUGGACCGCGUAGUUUCAGAUUACAAGGUACUUCCCCAUGCCCUUCUCUUAGGCUAUGCAUUUGAAUAAAGUGCCUCCCGUACUUAGGUUGCAAACUCUGAUCUCUAGUCCAGUCCUGUGUGACUACUGAUAUACCACUAGCCCAGACUGUUGGGCCUCUCUGUGUUUGGGUGGAUGGGGGUGAUAAGAGUAUUUAAUGUCUUUUUAGGAUAACAAAUACAGAUAAAGGAUUGUUAAUAUUUAGGCCUUCAGAAUUUCAGUGUUUUAAAUGUAGCGUUCAGACUAUAAUGGGUCUGUUUUGCCUUCUGGUCUACUCAAAUGUAUAUUUUUUAUUUUGCAAAACAACCCAAGAUGUAUUGUAUGUUACUAUGUUCGGUACCUUUUGAAUUCCCCAGAACAGUUGUUUUCAAAGCAAACAUUCCAAAACGAAUGUGGCUCUUCAAUGCAAUGUCUCCAUUGUGCUUGAAGUAUUUCUUCUCUUUUUGUAAUUUUAAAUCACAGGGUUAUUUAUCUGAGCUAUAUCCCCCACCCCCAGCAUCUUUACAAGAGUAGUGAUGUUGUCCUCAGGUCAGAUAGAAGAUGUAUAAUUUUGGGUGAAAGUAAAUUACAAUUUAUUUGAGUUUAUUCCAAAACCUAGCUAUUUGGUUUUUGCAGUAGAUCAAAACCAAGAGAAAGCGCCUUGGUUUUAAAAAGGAACAUGAUUGCUCUGAGUGUUGUGCUGACUGCACGCUUUGGCCACUUGAAGCAUGUUCAUAAAUGUCACUGAUUAAACGGCUGGUUUCUGUCCCCAUUUCAGUUCAGGAGCAGCGUACUGAAAUCCCAGUUUCGCUCACGUACCUGUCCUGGCAGGCUGAGGGAGAACAGAAGAGGGUGAGAAUCAGUGAGCGCAGUCUCCCUGGGUCAGUGCUAUUCUCCUUGCUCCCUGAGUGCCAGAGUCAUGUUUUCUUCUUCACCCAAAGAAAGGAAGGUGCGGGGGAAACUGUGUAUUUAGCCCAGUCAUCAUCCGUCAUCCAUGUAGCACAGACCUGCCAUAUAUUAGAGCAACUGAACAUGAUAUGGAAUAAGUUUGACUGGGUCAAGUUUUAGGAUAUGGUUAAAGUUCUUAAAUUUUUUUUCUAUUUUAUCUGAAAUCUUUCUAUUGUAUUCCAGUCUGAAUCUAUCUUACUGCAGCAAAUUCAUAUCACAGUUUACCAGCUAAUUGGCAGUAUUUAUCAGCUUUACCAUUUAGCAUUUUCUUUUAUUGUUUUUGAAUUAUAAUAGAUUUGAUUUGGCUUAUUACAAAAGUAUAGGUCUAACUGGACUUGCCUUUAGUUAAAAUAAAGGGAAAUAUAAAUGCUACAUUUCCCAAGAAAUCAGUUGCUUAUUAUCAAUUAUAUAUUUAGUUUUAAGGGAGUGGAAGAUAACUGUUAAACCACAUGGUAUUUGGGGGCAUUGAAAGGAUUUUUCUUUCUCUGAAGAGCAUUGUACAAUUAUAUUUUUAUGAAAAAUAAAAUAUCUUCACCAGA